AUGGCAGAGAAGAAGAUGGAAUACGUCAACUUAGGAAAGUCUGGCCUCAAAGUCUCAAAGGUCAUCUUGGGUGCCAUGAGCUAUGGCUCUUCCAAAUGGCAGCCAUGGGUUCUGGAUGAAGCCGAAAGCUUGCCACUGCUUGAGCAUGCAUACAAGUGCGGUAUCAACACCUGGGAUACGGCCGAUAUCUACUCCCAUGGUAUCUCCGAAAAGAUCAUUGCAAAAGCGCUGAAGCAGUACAACAUCCCGCGCAGCAAGGUCGUCAUUCUAUCGAAAUGCUACUUCGGCGUCAUCGAAGAAGACCCCAGCAUCCCUAUUGCACAAACAUCCGCCAACGACGCCGAGCUGGUCAACCAAGUUGGCUUGAGUCGCAAGCACAUCUUUGACGCUGUAGAGAAGAGCGUAGAAAGAUUGGGCACCUACAUUGAUGUCCUACAAAUCCAUCGUUUGGAUCGUGAUACACCAAGGGAGGAAAUCAUGAAGGCCCUGAACGAUGUUAUUGAGAAGGGCUGGGUACGCUACAUUGGCGCCAGCUCAAUGGCUGCGUGGGAGUUCCAAACAUUGCAAAAUAUUGCAGACAAGAACGGCUGGCACAAGUUCAUCUCAAUGCAGAACUACUACAACUUGCUUUACCGCGAGGAGGAGCGCGAAAUGAUUCCAUACUGUCAAGACACUGGCGUCGGUCUCAUCCCAUGGUCGCCCAUAGCCCGUGGUGCCCUCACGCGCCCUUGGAAUGAUCGAUCUACAAAGCGUGCAGGAACCGAUAAGUUCCAGGAAUUACUCGUUUAUUCGAGGGAAGACGCCAUUGACAAGAAGAUUAUCGAGCGAGUUGAAGAGGUUGCAAAGAAGAACAACGUCAGCAUGGCAUGCAUUGCAACAUCAUGGGCUAUCAAAAAGGGCGUUUGCCCCAUCAUCGGGUUGGGCAGCAAACAAAGAAUUGAAGAAGCGGUACAGAACAUUCACUUCAAGCUUAGCGAUGAAGACGCAAAAUACCUGGAAGAGGUAUAUGUACCCAAGUUCAGGCAGGGGUUCUAA